GCAAAUAAAAUUUCACUCCGAUGAAAAGAUGAAUCUGAGACCGGGGGGAGAGAGAGACCUCUUCGAUCUGUAGGUCCAUAGUAAUCAUUUACCAUAAACAUCUACUGUAUAUACAGUGAGAUUCCGGGAAGGAAAUGAUGGUGGAAAAUGCUGCGAGCCUGCGCGGAUGGGCGAUGUGGGCACUGCCAUUGAUGACGUUGUCUUUGUGGUUAGAGAUGGGAGAGGCCAUAUGGUUAAAUCUGCCCGGGAGCGGCACCAAAUGCGUGUCGGAGGAAAUUCACAACAACGUCGUCGUCUUGGCCGACUACGUCGUCAUUUCCGACGAUCAUGUCCACCCCACUCCCACCAUCUCCGUCAAGGUAACGUCGCCAUAUGGAAACACCCUUCAUUCAAAUGAGAAUGUGACACACGGCCAGUUUGCCUUCACAACUACUGAGGCCGGCAACUAUCUAGCUUGUUUCUGGGUUGAUGGUCAUAACCCUGGUGGUGGGGGUUUAAGUGUUAACCUCGAUUGGAAAACUGGAAUUGCUGCAAAAGACUGGGAGUCAGUUGCAAGAAAGGAGAAAAUAGAAGGCAUUGAGCUUGAGUUAAGAAAGCUUGAAGGUGCAGUCGAGGCCAUCCAUGAAAAUCUACUAUACUUAAAGACCAGAGAAGCAGAGAUGCGGACAGUGAGCGAAACAACAAAUUCUCGAGUGGCUUGGUUCAGUAUCAUGUCCUUGGGCGUCUGCAUUGGGGUUUCGUUUCUGCAAAUAUUGCAUUUGAAGCAAUUUUUCCAAAAGAAGAAGCUGAUUUAGUCUGGCUUUUGCUAAUCGUGUUUGUUAGGGCUCUUUCUUCUUUCGAUUUUGUCACUUUCCUCGGAGGAUUAAAAUUUUGAUCUAACAGAAGCUUUGUUCAGCUUCUUCUGUAUGUGAUAAUGAAGCACGUAAAGAUUGAGUUUGCAAAUAUCGUAUAAAAAUUCAUCUGAGUUUGUUGCA